AUGAGAAAGCUCUCUCCCAGCGCAGUUCAAUCCUCACCGUUCCAGAUAGCACGCUCUCGCCUUCACGUAUCCUCCGUCCCGACAAGCUUGCCUUGUCGAGAAGGGGAAUUCUCUCUUGUCUACUCGCACCUUGAAGCAGCAAUUACAGAGGGUAGUGGAAACUGCAUUUACAUCUCGGGCACCCCUGGCACAGGCAAGACGGCUACGGUUCGUGAAGUCAUAUCUCGUCUGGAGGAUGCAUUUAGGUCAGACGAGUUGGAUGAUUUCAUAUUUGUGGAGAUAAAUGGCAUGAAGAUUACAGACCCCCAUCAGUCGUAUACCCUGCUCUGGGAAGCACUACGGGGACAGCGAGCAAGCCCAUCGCAGGCUCUCGAUCUGUUGGAGAGAGAAUUCAACAAUCCCAGUCCCCGACGUGUCCCAUGUGUAGUGUUGAUGGAUGAGCUAGAUCAACUGGUGACGAAAAAUCAGGCCGUCAUGUACAACUUCUUUAACUGGCCGACUUUGCGGCAUAGUCGUCUUAUUGUUUUGGCCGUUGCGAAUACCAUGGAUCUUCCAGAAAGAACACUUAGCAAUAAAAUCAGCAGUCGUCUAGGCCUCACUCGCAUUACAUUUCCAGGUUAUACCCACGAACAACUUAUGAAGAUCAUACAAUCCCGCCUAGAGGGCGUUCCUGGGAACGUCGUAGACGCAGAUGCCGUCCAGUUUGCUAGCAGAAAGGUAGCCGCAGUGAGUGGAGAUGCCAGGAGAGCGCUGGAUAUCUGCCGCCGAGCUGUGGAAAUUGCAGAAGGCGAUGCACAAGGUGACCCGAUGACACCGAGUAAAAAUGGCACACAAGAUUUGACUCGCCGUGGAAAGGUCACCAUUGCCACUAUCAAAAAGGCCAUCAACGAAGCGACUACAAACCCUGUACAACAACACCUGCGAGGGCUUCCUUUAAUGUCGAAACUCGUCAUGGCGGCUGUCCUUCUCAGGAUUCGAAGAACAGGCUUAGUAGAGUCGACUUUCGGCGAAAUCUUGGACGAGUUGCAACGAGCGACAGCUCAUUCAUCACCCGCGCUCCCCGGUAUGGCGCAAAUUCUAAACAGCGGCCUUCAGGGGACACCAGGUGCCGCCCACCGACACCUAGGGAGACCAAGCUACGUCCACACAGCUGCGCUGGAUCUUGUUGCGGCGGGACUCAUAAACUUAGAAGCACAUCGGGCCGAACGUUCUAGCAAGUUGCGGCUGGCUAUUGCUGAUGACGAGGUCAAAAUGGCACUCCGGGACGAUGGAGAUCUGAGAGCCAUGGGACUCGGUGUAUAG